AUGGGCGCGGUGACCCUGCAGUGCGCCUCGGGAAACCCCACGCCGCUUACGCACCAGCCCGCUCGCGCCACAACCGGCGCGAGUAAACUGACCCCGGAGCAGAUCAGCGAGUAUAAAGGCGUGUUUGAGAUGUUUGAUGAGGAGGGGAACGGAGACGUGAAGACGCAGGAGCUGGAGAGACUGAUGAGUCUGAUGGGAAUCAACCCAACCAAAAGAGAGCUGAGCCAGAUGGCCAAAGACGUGGACAAAGAUGGUAAAGGCACUUUUAACUGUGACAGCUUCCUGGGUCUCAUGGCUCUUUAUCAUGAAAGGACUAAAAAUCAGGACGCGGAGCUUCGAGCUGCUUUUAAAGUGUUUGAUAAGGAGGCGAAGGGAUACAUCGACUGGAACACACUGAAGUAUGUACUGAUGAACGCUGGUGAGCCUCUAAAUGAGGAGGAGGCGGAGCAGAUGAUGAAGGAGGCCGAUAAGGAUGGAGACGGAACGAUCGAUUAUGAAGUGCUCAUCCUGCUCAUCCUCAGCUCCGGCUGCAUUAUUCUCCAUGAUAAGGAGUUCAUGAAAACCACGACAAAGAUCAUGGCAGAGGACUGA